AUCAGGAAUUUGUGAGACGUGCUGAAGCGUUAAAUGACGAGUCAGAAGUUCCAAUUUCGAGCUGGGUGUCUCGAUUACGGCACCAGUUACGAGUUUUUAGUAGCAGCUUAUUAUGGAAUUCACCUCAGUCUUAGUAAAGACAUUGCGGACUUUAAAAUAUCUACAAAUAAUAAUGAUUUGGAUAAAUUUGAUGAUGUGGUUGUUGAAAUUAAAUACGAGGACGGCGAUGAACAUUUGUAUGCUUUGCAAUUGAAACAUUGCGGUGCUAAAGAAGAUAAUAUAUCUCUUCAUUCGUUUGAAGCAGAAAAGGGGAAUUUCGGAUUGAGGAAAUAUAGCAACAGUUUUAAAGAAAUCGAAGAGGCUUUCAAAAAUAACCCUUCUGGCAUACCUUUUGAAAAAUUUCAUUUUAUCUUGUACACCAAUCAAAUUUUACCAAAAUUCAAAAACAAGAAUCAAGAAGUGGAUGAGGUGAAACUAACCAAUGCCACAAUUUAUAGGCAUGAUAAAUGUGUUGCUAGAAAUGUAUUAGAUUUGAGUGAGGACGAAAAAUUUUUUAUUUUUAAAUUUGCUGACACCACAGACACAAUUGAUGCAAAUUUUUUGGACCGAUUUUAUCUCUACACCAAGCAAAAAAAUGCCCAAGAGAUGAAAUGUCUCAUCAGUAAAACGAUAUUUGCCAUUACUAGAAACAGCGAUGUGGACGUUGUCACAAAUUACAACAACUUUUUCAAGUGUUGGUGGAGAGGAGAUUUCGGAAAUUAUAAAUUGACCAAAAGGGACAUCAUGUUGAAACUAUCUGAAUACAUCCUCACUCCUCACAUUCCCGAGCCUGACUUGAAAUCACUUUCAAAAGAAAGCCAUUUGCUGGGUCAAGUUUUACAAGUGUUUGAUGUGGUCAUCCUUGAUGUUGCUACCAAGGACAAAAUUUGGGCGACUAUUCUGCCAAAACACUUCGGAAAAUUACUAGGAAAAUCAUGGACACAGCCAAUCACUGGUGAAGAUUUUUUUUCUGAAGAUGUCAAAAUCCCAAUUUCGGCGCAAGGAGAAGAUUUUAUAGAACAAAGUUUGAAAAAAAUUUACACGAUUUUGUGGCACAUGGACAAGAUUCCUUUGGUUGUUAAAGUGAGUGACAAGUACAGAGCGGGAAUAUACGCAGCGAUAAAACUGUUGGGGAUUUACCAAGAAAAGAAAUUUAUUUUGAUAGAUGAAACUUUUGCAAAGGAGGAGUUUAGUGAAGAUUUGAAAAUUGUACACACUUUAGGUGAUUUGAGAAGUUGUGAAGAAACCUAUGCGAAGAUUUGCAACCAAAUGAGGGUCUCUCUUCAAGGACGUCUUUUUAUAAAGAUUGAACACCUUGGAAAUAUGGACGAAUUUCUUUUUACCAAAAUGAUUCAAAUGGAGGACACUGAUUUUUUGAUUGGAGAAAACUGUGCUAAAAACUUACCCAAGUGUUAUGUGAGUCGACGAGUGCCAAAACUCCUCCUUACCCCAUCUGUUAUUGACAACCUUGAAACCGAUUUAUUAAUAAUUAGUGGUCUAGGACACAAAAAAUACUUUUUUAAGGAAGGUUCUUAUGCCAAAUUUGUGCUCACAUCUGAAUCAUGUUCAAAGCAACAAUUUCAGUUAGUUUGUCAACUCAACAAGAACAAGAAUUGUCAUCAUUUACGACUGACUUAUGAUGGAAAAAUCGAAUGGAUGGAGUCACAAGGAAGCAUUCAACGCCUUAAACCGUAUUUAAAAAACAUUGAAGAGUAUGAAGAUAGUGACUACAUCAAGGAUUUUGAAAUUUUGAGCUACUUUACAAACACGAUUACCAUUAUUUGUGCCGAUCCUGGCAUGGGAAAAACCGUUAUGUUACACUUUUUGAACUACAAGUGUUCAGAAAAUUGCUGGAUCCUUAGAAUUAACCUCAACGAACAUGUGAAAUUUUUUCAAGAAGAGCACAGUUUGGAGGAGACGUUGCAAUAUUUUGUUGAAAAUGAAAGUAAGGACGAAUUUGUUAAAAACAUUGUUUGUGCGUUUUUAUGCGAGAAAAAUGCAACUUUCAUGUGGGACGGAUUUGAUGAAAUGUCCUCUUCUUGUGUUCCUUUUGUAAUCACUGUAAUAAAAAAGUUAGCUACUGAAGGUUAUCGUCAAUGGAUUGUGUCAAGAAGCAAUACCAGAAGUUUUCUUGAAAAUACGUUUAAUGUGCUCUCUUUGACUAUAACUCAUUUUAAUGAAAAAGAACAAAAGGAAUACAUUUACAAUAAUUUAAAAAUCAAUUUCGAUAAUGAGAAAAUACAAGAAAUGACUUCAAUUCUGGAUGAAAACAUGAAACUGUCUCUACAUUCUGGGUAUAUUAAUUAUUCAGGAGUCCCUCUUCAUGUUCAUAUGAUGAUAGAAAUUUUUUUGAAAAAUCCUCAGAAAUAUUUGCAAGACGUUAAAAUAUUUACUCUUGCUGACAUCUAUCAAGAAUUUAUAGAAGGGAAAUUUCGUUAUUUUUUUCAGCGAGCAAGGGCUAACAUCGACAAUCAUCUAAUGCAAAAAAUUCAACAACAAUUUCAAAACACUCGAUUACUCCAAUACGAAAUUGCAGCCCUGAAAGCAUCACUUGAUGAAGCAACAUUUUCAACACUUAAUCACGACUGCGGAACGUUUUUAAACGAAAUUGAAGAAACUAAAGACAACGUCGGUCUAAUUAUUGGUUUCAAUGACGAAAAGAAACCAGUUUUUGCACACAAAACUUACGAGGAGUUUUUGGUUGCUUCUUGGUUGUCUAAAAGCUAUCACAAUUAUCCACAUUUAUUUGAAAUUACAUUCAAAGAAAACUACAAGAAUAUUAGACUGAUGUUUGACAUGAUUUUGGCUAAAGACAGCCCAGUUCACGUGGCUGUGAUUUAUAGAAACUUGGCCGUUUUAGAAAUGUAUCAAGAUACAGUUUUGAAGAGUCGAGACCGAGGAGGAAGAAAUGCUUUACAAAUUGCUUGCUCGUGGGGAAAUAAAAACUCUACAAUGAAGAUUAUUGAAGAAGAGGAAGGAAAAGUGGUAGUUUUCGCCGAGGACACAGAAAAAGAAGAUGAGAAUAUUAAAAUUGUUGAAUUUUUGCUUUCACUCAAAAGUGAUCCUUUUGAAAAAGACAAACUGCUUGGUUGGAAUGCCAUCGACUACUGUCGAAAGACUUAGCCAACAGAAAUAACUUGUUGAAACUUUUAAAUGAUGUUCAAUUUUUGAAUAAACCAAAAAAAUUGUUA